CACACAGGUACAGAUAGAGAGAACUUGCAGUCUUUCAGAUAAGGCUACACUGCCACUCGACCAAUUCUUGCAAGAAUUGGCCAUGGCGUUCUGCACUCCUACUGCCACCACUCCUCCUCAUGCCACUCCACCUCCUCUCACCACCUCAUGGAAGCAGCUCGCCUUCUGCAACUCUUCCCGGCUAGCCGCCGCCGCCGCCGGCGGCGGCCAGAGGGCGCGGCCGGCCGGUGCAAGUGUUGAGGCGCGCGCAUUGGCGCCGGCGUCGACGGCGGCAGACGCGGCGGCGGCUGCGGCGGCACCCGCCCCUCCCAACGUGGACUACCUGGCGGCGGAGUUCGCCGGCCACGGCGUCAGCUUCGAGGCCGUCGGCGGCAGCUGCGCCGUCAAGAUGGAGCUGCGCAACGGCAGCGCCGCGCACGUGCUGCUCCCGGGCGGCCUCGUCACGUCCUACAAGCCGGCCAUGUGGCACGGCGCCCCCACCGAGGUGAUCCACACCACCGUCGCCGAGGGCCUCGGCGGCCGCGCCGUCAUCCGCGGCGGCGUGUCGCUGGACCUCCGCUGCGGCGGCGCCGCCGGCGGAGGCGGUGACGGGAUGCCGCCGUGGUCGCCGAGCGGCGCAUGGUCGCUCCGCGACGUCAGGGGGAGCCCCACGGGCUCCAUCGAGGUCGAGCUGGCCUCCGCCGCGCCGCCGGAGGCGAGCGGCGUCGAGGCGAGGUGCGUCGUGACGCUGCACCCGGAGGCGCUGGCGACGGAGUUCACGGCGAGGAACGCCGCCUCGCCGUCGCCGGUGGCUCUGUCCGCCGCGGUGUCCACCCACCUCCGCGUGAGCACGCCGGACGCCACCUACGCCGUGGGGCUCCAGGGCUCCGACUACCGCGCCAUAGAUCCCGUGCUCUCGGAGUUCGCCAUCGUGCCCCCGGACUUCAUGUCGCGGUCGUCGUCGGCGACGACGCUCGCGCGGCGCUGGGCCACCAAGGGGUUCGACGCGGUCCUCUCCGGCGGCGGCGGCGGCGGCGCGGGGGCGCAAGAGGCCGACGGCGAGGAGGACGACGACUACAAGCGGAUGACCGAGGAGAUGUGCCGCAUCUACAGCCACGCCCCCCGCCAAUUCACCAUCAUCGACAGGGGGAGGAGGAACUCCAUUUGCGUGCAGCGGAGAGGGUUCGAGGAGGUGUACGUGUUCAGCCCGGGGUCAAAGUACCAGUGGUACGGGAAGUACGCCUACGUGUGCGUGGGGCCCGCCAUGCUGGAGCCCAUCGUGCUGUCACCUGGGGCCACAUGGUCAGGGGCUCAGUACCUGCGCAACCCAAACCUCUAGAUAGACAAGACAAGACAGGCUAGCUGGCGACUCAAUGCUGCUGGGGAACAAAACAAUGGUCAUUGUACAUGUUGGCUCACAAUAAGCAAGAAAAACAUGUGAAACAAUAUAUAUAUGUUUGCAAA